AUGGUUAAUUCUAAGACUACCAUCUCUACUUUGGCCCUCUCGGCCCUUACUGCUGCUGCCCCUUUCUCCAGCAAUACCAACUUCUCUAUCUCACAAGUUCCUGUUAAGAUUCCUGCUGCGCACCCAGCUGCUAUAUACGCUGAGGCUCAUGCUAGGCUUGGUGUUGAGGUUCCUCAUCACGUAGCCUUAGCAGCGAGGUGUGGUUGGAAGGACUCUGUUAUCGCCCUUCCCUAUAGCCAUGAUAUCGUAUACCUCACUCCUAUUCAAUUCGGUGCUGACACCUUGCAAGUUUACCUUGAUACUGCCUCUGGUAAUACUUGGGCCUAUACUGCUGAAACCCCCUCUGUUGGAUCCCACGGUGUCUAUAACCCUCAAACUGGUAGAUUGUUAUCAGAUUAUUACUGGCGAUCCAGAAGCGGACAGAGCAUCGUUUUCGGCGGUCGCGUGUUCUUGGAUAAGCUUAAACUUAAUCAUCUUCUGUAUCCCGAACAGGCUAUUCAGGUUGUUGACUUUGUUCAACCCAUCGAAGUUAUGCUCAAUCCGGCGAGAGCAUAUGAUGCUAUUUUGGGAUUGGCCUUCCCAGAAAAGAAUACCGUUAAGCCUGUAAAGCAGCCGACCUUCUUUGAAAAUAUUAGAGAAAUGCUUCAAGCUCCUCUCUUUGCUGCCUUCCUCAGGCAUCAGGCUCCUGGUGGCUAUGAUUUUGGUUGGAUUGAUUCUAGCAAGUAUCAGGGGAGUCUUGCCUGGACGCCUGUUCAUGCCAGCCUGGGAUUAUGGAAUAUUUCCGUUAGUGGAUAUAGUAUUGGCGACGAUGUGUUUAGUUCUACCCCUUUUUUUGCUGUUAUCGACACUGGUACCACCCUUGUACUCCUUGAGGAGAGCAUUGUCCAAGCCUACUAUCAAAGGACUUAA